AUGUCUACCGCCAUGAUGAAGCAAUGGGUCGUUGACCACCCGGAGAAAGACAUGGGGGGGAUGGACUUGAGAGAAGCGCCUCUUCCGACGGUUGGUACCAAUGAAGUCAUGGUCAAGUUUGAGGCCGUCGCCCUCAACUACCGCGACUGUGCUAUUGCUAAGACACUGUUGAUCAAGCUGGCUGAACUGCAGGGUACAUUCCCCUUUGCUCACAAAUACCCCAUCGUUCCCGUGUCUGAUGGUGCUGGCGUGGUCGUCGAGGUUGGUGAAAAGGUCCGAGAAUUCAAGAAGGGGGACUCGGUCAUUACCAUUUUCAACCAGGGGCAUCAGUAUGGUGACAUCGAUCCAUACGCUGCCUCGACUGGUGUCGGAGGUACGAUAGACGGGUGUUUCCGCAAGUUCGGCGUGUUCAACGAAACGGGGCUGGUGAAAGCCCCAAAGAAUCUGACUCCGUUGGAAAGCAGCACCUUGCCUGGUGCAGCCCUCACAAGCUGGAACGCCCUAUAUGGGCUGAAACCAGUCAAGGCAGGCCAAUGGGUUCUCGUUCAAGGAACCGGGGGUGUUAGCAUUUUUGGUUUACAGGUAUGCCUCCACUGCAAUGCCAGUCGCAUAUAUGAGGACAGCGUGCCGGUCAACGGGCAUAAAGCGUCCAAAGCUGCGGGUGCUAGUGUUAUCGCCACUACUUCAUCGGAUGCAAAGGCCGAGGAGCUGAAGAAGCUCGGCGCCGAUCAUGUCAUCAAUUACCGGGCUGUCCCGAACUGGGGUGAGGUAGCGCGAAGCCUUACUCCCGACCACGCCGGAGUUGACCAUAUUUUGGAUAUCGGCGGCACGGAGACAUUAGAGCAGAGCCUACAUUGUAUUAAGAUGGAAGGCAUUAUCAACUUGAUUGGAUUUUUGGGCGCAAGUGAAAAGCCUCAGCCUGGACUGCUGGAUGCUUUGAACCACAUCUGCACGAUUCGGGGUAUCUACGUCGGGAGCCGUUCUAUGCUUCAAGACAUGGUUCGGGCUUUUGAGAGCAAUAACAUCCACCCAGUGAUUGAUCCUCAGGUCUUCCAGUUCGAACAGGGCAAAGAAGCCUUCGAAUACUUGGCCGCCCAGAGACACUUCGGCAAAGUCGUCGUUCAAUUCAAUCACAGUGAUUAA